UCCCCAGAGAUGGCAAACCCUGAGAUAGUGACAAGUAGCUGCAACACGUAUAAUGAGGAAAAUCGCUGCAGUUUUAACCAGCACACGUCUGUCUCUGAGGAACUUCUAUUAGAAGACCAGAUGAGACGAAAGCUCAAAUUUUUUUUCAUGAAUCCUUGUGAGAAGUUCUGGGCUCGAGGUAGAAAACCAUGGAAACUUGCUAUACAAAUUCUGAAAAUUGUAAUGGUGACUAUUCAGUACUUGCAGCUACGCAACAUCUCGGUUGGAAAUCAUGCUUAUGAGAAUAAGGGUUCCAAGCAAUCUGUUAUGGCAAUCUGUCAGCACUUCUACAAGCAAGGGAACAUCUAUCCUGGAAAUGAUACAUUUGACAUAGACCCAGAAGUUGAAACUGAGUGUUUCUUCAUAGAGCCAGAUGAGUCUCUUCACAACAGAACACCAGAAGUCAAUAAACUCAACUUAACCCUGGACUUCCACAGACUCCUCACAGUGGAGCUUCAAUUUAAACUGAAAGCCAUUAAUCUGCAGACAGUCCGUCAUCAUGAGCUUCCCGACUGUUACGACUUUACUCUGACUAUAACAUUUGACAACAAGGCUCAUAGUGGAAGAAUUAAAAUAAGUUUAGAUAAUGACAUUGCCAUCAGAGAGUGUAAAGAUUGGCACGUAUCUGGAUCAAUUCAGAAGAACACUCACUACAUGAUGAUCUUUGAUGCGUUUGUCAUCCUGACCUGCUUGGCUUCGCUGAUCCUCUGUGUUCGAUCUGUGAUUAGAGGACUUCAGCUUCAGCAGGAGUUUGUCAAUUUUUUCCUGCUCCAUUAUAAAAAGGAAGUUUCUGUUUCUGAUCAAAUGGAAUUUGUCAAUGGAUGGUACAUUAUGAUUAUUAUUAGUGAUAUAUUGACAAUAAUAGGAUCAAUUCUGAAAAUGGAAAUCCAAGCUAAGAGUCUAACAAGUUAUGAUGUCUGUAGCAUACUUCUUGGGACUUCGACCAUGCUUGUGUGGCUUGGAGUCAUCCGCUACCUUGGGUUUUUUCAGAAGUACAAUCUCCUUAUUCUGACUCUUCAGGCAGCACUACCCAGUGUCAUCAGGUUCUGUUGCUGUGCGGCUAUGAUUUACUUAGGUUAUUGCUUCUGUGGAUGGAUUGUGCUGGGCCCUUACCACGAUAAGUUUCGUUCACUCAAUAUGGUCUCCGAGUGCCUUUUCUCGCUGAUAAAUGGAGAUGACAUGUUUGCCACAUUUGCUAAAAUGCAGCAAAAAAGUUACUUGGUCUGGUUGUUUAGCAGAAUUUACCUCUACACGUUCAUCAGUCUCUUUAUAUACAUGAUUUUAAGUCUUUUCAUCGCACUGAUUACAGACACAUAUGAAACAAUUAAGAAUUACCAACAAAAUGGCUUCCCAGAGACUGAACUUCGUACCUUUAUAGCAGAGUGUAAAGAUCUACCCAACUCUGGAAAGUACAGAUUAGAUGAUGACCCACCGGUGUCUCUGUUCUGCUGUUGUAAGAAGUAGCUGUUAAACUCAGCUGUAGCCCAGUGGAAAAUAUAAUGUAAUGGGAGACUAUAUGGAUAUUUUUAUAUCAGAUACAGCAUGUUCAAAGAUAGGCUAUUGUUUUGAGUUAGUGGAUAUGUAUAUUUUACUCAGAACUAUGUGUGUUGUUUAAACAGCAAUUGUAAUGUC